GCGGGCACCGGCACAGCCGCCGGCGGGGCCGGCUAUUAAUAACGCCCCGGGGCGAGCCCGGGGUCGCGCAGCCAUGGCCAGCUCGGAACCCCUGCGCGGCGGGGACGACGCCCGGGCCACGAGGGAAACACACACAGAGGCCAGUUUUUCUCUUCAGGACUCCGAAUGCCCAAAGGAGGCCAAGACCCUGAACCCAGAGGCCACUCUGUCCUUGGAGGGGACUGUGAGCCUGGAAGACAUCCUUUAUCUGGGGGACUCAGGGGACUUUGAAGAGAGUCUCUAUGAGGUGGAAUCUGAGAAGCCAGAGGAGUCGCUAUAUAUCGAAGAAUCAAGGCAGCCAGAGGAGGAGGCCCUGGCCCUGGAAGAGCCUGUGAGGCCAGAUGAAGUCCAAUUUUCAAAGGAGCCUGUGGAGCCAGCUAUGAGCCCAAGCCCAGAGCAGACUGCUUGUGAGGGAGAGACGGAGGCUGCGCAGGAAGAAAGCCCCCCGGCCCAACCGAUUGCAGGGCCAGAGGAGAGCCUCAGCGCGGAGGACCUGGAGUUGCUGGAGAGCCGAUUCCAGCAGUGUGUGCAAGCGGUGUCCCAGUUGGAGGAGGAGAGGGACCAGCUCGUCCACGAACUUGUGCUGCUCCGGGAACCGGCCCUGCAGGAGGUGCAGCAAGUCCACCGGGACAUCCUGGCUGCCUACAAGCUGCACGCUCAGGCCGAGCUGGAGAGGGACGGGCUGAGGGAGGAGAUCCGCUUGGUGAAGCAAAGGCUAUUCAAGGUGACCAAGGAAUGCGUGGCCUUCCAAUACCAGCUGGAGUGCCGCCAGCAGGACGUGGCUCAGUUCGCCGAUUGCAGGGAAGAACUGACCGCUCGGGCAGCCCAGCUCUCGGGAGAACUGACCCAGCUCCGAGAUGCCUACCACAAGCAGAAGGAACAGUUGCAGCAACAGCUAGAAGCACCCCCGACCCAGAGCGACGGACACUUCCUCCAGGAGAGCCGGCGGCUGUCCACACAGUUUGAAAACCUCAUGGCAGAAAGCCGGCAGGGCCUGGAGGAAGAGUAUGAGCCUCAGCUGCUGAGACUCCUGGAGAGGAAAGAGGCCGGAAAUAAAGCUCUGCAGGACACGCAGGCGGAGAUCCAGGAAAUGAAGGAGGCUCUGAGACCCCUGCAAGCAGAGGCCCGGCAGCUCCACCUUCAGAACAGGAACCUGGAGGACCAGAUCACACUCGUGAGGCAAAAACGAGACGAAGAGGUUCAACAGUACAGGGAGCAGCUGGAGGAGAUGGAGGAGAGACAGAGGCAGCUACGAAGCGGGGUGCAAGUUCAGCAGCAGCAGAACAAGGAGAUGGAGCGGCUGCGGGCAAGCCUUGCCGAAGAGCUUUCCACAUACAAGGCUAUGCUACCCCAGAGUCUGGAACAGGCUGGUGCACCUGCUUCUCAGGCAGGUGGAGUGGAGGCCCAGUCCCCAGGAACUGUUUAGAAAUGCAUGGUCGGACCUGUAACCCAGAGACAACAGAACAUUUAUCAAAGGAUCACUAAGGAUGGACUUUUCCCCAAACAGAUAAGAGUGCCAGCACCUGGCAAGCAAGUCACCCUGUGAAAAUCACAAACAUUGGCUAGCUUGCCUGAAAGACUUUAGGGUUGGCUGGAGGCAGACUCUCAGUCAGCUUCUCUGGAUUCUUUUCUGCAGGCUGCCAGCACUGACCUCAGUACAUGGUGGAGUGGGAAAAGC